CUCAUUACAUUCUUUGCCACCGGUAGUGUAUGUCGAGGUUCUGUAACUGUAGACUCGAGAUUGAUGGUGGUGAUUGAAAUUUAUCAGAAGGAAGGGGUUGAGUCAACGUCUGUAGAUGCGCUGUCAAGGAUCAUGACUGUUGGGCUUAAAGUCGUGUUCGAGUUUGGAAUGGGAUGUUAUUAUUGA